AUGGAAGAGAAUUACGAUAUUCCAGCCCUACUGCAUAAUCCCACCAUUUCUCAAAUUAAAGAACACAAGGAAAAAAAGACAAAGAAAUUGAAGGCCAAGGCAUGUUUAUUUGUUGCAGUAUCAUCAAUAGUUUUCACGCGGAUAAUGACUCUGAAAACUGCUAAAAAAGUAUGGGAUUAUCUCAAGGAAGAAUAUGUCGGAGAUGAGAUAAAAGACUCAACAAUUAUUAAGAAGAUUCUUGUAACAGUUCCUGAAAGAAAAAGAGCAACUAGCUUAUUCCACUAUAGCAAGUGUAAUAGAAAUCUGGCACAAGAGACUUGGCCAUUGUCAUCUACAAGCAUUAUUGUUGCUGAAGAAGGGAUAUGGCAAAAGGACUACCUACUCUGGUUGAUCACUUACCAAGUUGUCAAGCUUGUCAAUUUGGUUAAAAAAGACAAACUUGAUAAAAAGGCAGUUCUUGAAAUCUCUGUGGGUUAUAACUCAUCCUCCAAGGCCUACAAAGAAAAAAAUUAUGGAGAGCAGUCCGAGGAUUUCGUUGAGCAAGAAAAAGAAGAAAAAGUAUGUCUUCUUGAAAAGGCUCUUUAUGGCUUAAAACAAGCUCCAAGAGCUUGGUAUAGCAAGAUUGAUGAUCAAUUAUUGUGUUUGGGGUUUGUACGAAGUGUAUCUGAAGUUACUCUUUAUGUCAAACAUAAAGGAACUGAUCUUCUCAUUGUUUCCCUUUAUUUUGAUAAUCUCUUGGUGAAAGGAAACAAUGUGUAG